AUGGGAAAAACUGGUUGUGGUCCACUAUUAAGUGUUAUUAUUCGUUUUUCAUCAUUAUUAGGAAAUGUUGAAUUUCUAUCACCUCUAAAAGAGUCACCUAUUCGACGAGAUAAACGUUUUAUUAAAGUAUUUUAUCCCAUUAAAGAAGUAUUGAAUAUCAAUCAAUUAAAUGAUAAACUACCCACACACCCCACACCCACAGAUAUAUAGCUUAAGCAUGCCUCUAACAUUGACAAAAAAAUCAGCUCAUUCGCUCAAGCUGUAAUGGUGGCAUUCCAUUGUUUCCGGUAAAGUGACUUUUGCGCCGUCUUGCAUAUUGUAUUGUCCCAUUGUUUUUGUCUACCUGUGACAAAAAAAAUGUUUUUGGUUAAGAUCAAUAGUUAUACUUAACAAAGAAUUUCUCUGGGCAUGUCUUUAUGGCUAUAAACUUUGAAUAUGCUUCUUGAAUUGAUAAAAAAUCAACUCAUUUGCCUGGGCCGUAACGGAGAUAUUCAAUUUUUUGUCGAUAAACUGACUUUUGAGCCACCCUGUAAAUGUACAUAUGCGAAUAUGAAAGGAUGAAAGAAUAUUUGCAAAACAUUGAUUUAUCUCACAGAUCUACUAGCGUCUCUGUAGCUACCUGUGUGAAACAAUUCUUUCUAUGAUAGAACGACCGUAGAAUUAUUACUAGCUAAAAUCGAUUAUAUCGAUGUAGGAUGUUUGCUACGAUGAUGUAAAAGCUAUGAAUUUUUCAUAAGAAAGAAACAGCAUGACAUGCACGAUGAUAACAAUAAAAGAAAAAAUCUAAAGUAAUCAACCAUAGACUUAUUUUAAUAAUAAAAACUAUGAAAUGAUAUUACUAACGGAAGAUGAUUCAUGACCAUUAUAUUUACUCAGAAUGUGGCCACCACUAAUGCGUCCUAACAAAUAAAUAAUAACGCUAACAACAAGUCGUUUUACCAUUAUAUCAGAAAAAUAAUCACAUGAUCUUUCAUCUUCGUUAAAAGUUUUAUAAUAAUCCAUGUAAUAUAGAAUACGAUGUACAAGCAUCAAUGUGUAAAAGCAGAGAGCCACAAAACAAUGCGUGCAGACAAUAUUAUAUAAUUUAACCAUAAAUGUUCAAGCCAAAGGUUAUGAAUUGAUAACGCAUUCAGAUUUUUAAGUUGAGUCUCAUACCAUUUUUUACUAGGAAGAUCGAUUGCAGUUAAACUUUCCCAAAUAUUGCAGUCUGGAAAAUCU